AUGUCUGGCAGCGGGGCCAGGGAAGCAGUCUUCCCCACGCGCCAGUCGCUGGGGUUGAUGAAGACGAAGCUCAAGGCCGCCCAGCAGGGGCACGAUCUGCUGAAGAGGAAGAGUGAGGCCUUGACAAAACGUUUCCGAGAAAUCACACGCCGGAUCGAUGAGGCCAAGCGCAAGAUGGGCAGGGUCAUGCAAGUGGCCGCCUUCUCCCUCGCCGAAGUCUCAUACGCCGUUGGCGGUGAUAUCGGCUACCAGAUCCAAGAGUCAGCCAAGCAAGCACGGUUCCGUGUACGAACCAAGCAGGAGAACGUCUCUGGUGUCUUCCUGCCUCAGUUUGAAAGCUUCACAGUCGAGGCCAACAACGACUUCGCACUGACAGGUCUGGGUAAGGGUGGACAGCAGAUCCAAAGGUGUAGAGAGACAUAUGCGCGCGCAGUGGAGACACUAGUGGAGCUUGCAAGUCUGCAGACUGCUUUCGUCAUUCUGGACGAGGUCAUCAAGGUGGUCAACCGCCGUGUUAACGCCAUUGAGCACGUCAUCAUUCCCAGAACCGAGAACACAAUCAAGUACAUCAACUCCGAGCUCGACGAACUGGACCGAGAGGAAUUCUACCGCCUGAAGAAAGUGUCCGCGAAGAAAAAGGGAGAUGCUGCCGCUGAAGAGGCCAUAAGACAGGAGAAGAAAGCCGCAGAGGCGGCCAAUGAAGAGGGUGAGCCCAAAGAGGGUGAGCCCAAAAAGGCUGCAGAGGAAGUGACCGAGAGCAAAGACCUGCUGGGCGACGAGGACAACCAGGACGUCAUUUUCUAAGCAUUUCUCCAUAGUUAUCAGAGACGCUCAGCCGUUGGCGGUUUUCAGUGCAUCUCAAAUCCUGCCAAUCUGAACACAAGAUGAUUGCACACCACAUAGAGCGCAAACACAACAAGCAGCGACAGUCUUGCAUUUUGACCGUCCAUGUAUAAUCUAAACAAGGUAUCAUAAACAUCAUUACCCCUCUUUCACCAUCUCCAAUCUUGACCC